AUUGAUACUGCCAAUCAAUGUGACUUCUAAUGAACAGCUAAUCUCAGCUUAAUUACGAUGGCAAAUUCGACUUUUACUUCGGACAAGUCGUGUCCCUUCUGCUGGCAUGGAUAACCAAUGCAAACGAAUCCUGGACACUGUCCAUCGAGAACUACACGGACCCUUUCAUCUUCCAAGCCGGGAGACCUUCAGAUAUUAACUUCUCACUUGUCAACAUCAGUCAAAACCAAACUGUACAUGUCGGACUAGCAAAGGGUGGGGCCCCGAUUCUUAACCCGUUAUGUUUUGUAACAAUAUCAGCUGAGAAGUGCAUGACCAACAAUGACACUUGUGUUUGUAUCAAACUCGGACAAUCCGGUCAUCACUACAUGCUGAAAAAGACUGUUACUGAAAAUGACAGUGGUCAAUGGUUCUUCUAUUUGUUGGGGACCUUAAAGCCCACGAAGGUGUGGUUCAACAUAACAAUGAGUCAUGAACAUCCUCCAUCAGGGCUGACAACGGAAGGAACAAGCUUCAGUUAUGAUGUAACAGAAUCAACAGAUGAAGCAGAUAAAGAAUUGGACGAGCAGAGCGAUGGACUAAUCCCUUCCUACCUGACCUGCUGUCAGCAUCCCGGAGGAUUGAGGAGCAGCUCACCUGGACGUCCACUUGCUCUGAAUUACAGGUCUGGUCACCCCUCAACACCCAGAUGAAGAUGUCGAGGAAGCAGAAAAGCAGACGA